AUGGAGACCCUGAGGAACCGGACAGUGGAGGAGCUCCAGGAGCUGCAGGAAAGCGCCGAGGAGAUCGAGCGCCUGGCCCUGGAGUCCCAGGAGGUUCAGGAGCUGCAGCUGGAAAGGGAGAUGGCUCUGGCUGCCAACCGCAGCUUGGCCGAGCAGAACCUGAAGUUCCAGGCGCCGCUGGAGACGGGGCGCAGCGAUCUCUCCAACAAAUACGAAGAGCUGCAGAAGCUGGCUGAGCGGUGUAAAGAGCAAAAGGCAAAGCUGGAGAAAUUUUCAGCAGCGAUGCAUCCUCAGACCUUGCUGGAUCUCCUGCAGGUGGAAAGCCAGAAAAUCGAGGAGGAGUCUGAGAAAAUGGCCGAGAGGUUCCUGGAGGGCGAGGUGCCCCUGGAGACGUUUCUCGAGCAGUUUUCCGUGAUGAGGAAGUUGUCCCACUUGCGCCGGGUCAGAGUCGAAAAGCUCCAGGAGAUCCUGAGGAAGUCGGAAGUGCCGCAGGAACCCAGCAGGGACUCUCAGCCGCAGCUCCCUCCUCGU